GCAGUCGCCUCGGAACUGGCCUUGGAGGCGCGGCGCGGAGUCAGGCAGGAAACUUAUCGGAGGGGAGGACCGAGCCUGCUCCUCCGGCUCUCCACCUCUGCGCCGCGCUUCGGGGGUUCCUACCAGCCUUGCGGAUUUUUUAUUUUUAUAUCCGCCUUUUUUUUUUUCCCAACUAGAAAUAGAGAGAGACUAUAUAUCUAUACAUAUAUAUUUUUUCCUCUUAAGAGAAAAUUCCUGUUCCAAGAGAAAAGAAGGCAAGAUCAAUGAAGGAGAGAAGAGCCAGCCAGAAAUUAUCCAGUAAAUCUAUCAUGGAUCCUAAUCAGAACGUGAAAUGCAAGAUAGUAGUAGUGGGAGAUAGUCAGUGUGGGAAAACCGCGCUGCUGCACGUUUUCGCCAAGGACUGCUUCCCCGAGAAUUACGUACCGACGGUGUUUGAGAAUUACACGGCCAGUUUUGAAAUCGACACACAAAGGAUAGAGUUGAGCCUCUGGGACACUUCGGGUUCCCCCUACUAUGACAACGUCCGGCCCCUCUCUUACCCAGAUUCAGAUGCUGUGCUGAUUUGCUUUGACAUCAGCAGACCAGAGACUCUGGACAGUGUCCUUAAAAAGUGGAAAGGUGAGAUCCAGGAGUUUUGUCCCAAUACCAAAAUGCUUUUGGUUGGCUGCAAAUCUGAUCUCCGGACAGAUGUUAGUACAUUGGUGGAACUCUCAAAUCAUCGACAGACACCAGUGUCAUAUGACCAGGGAGCAAACAUGGCCAAACAGAUUGGUGCAGCUACUUAUAUUGAAUGCUCAGCUUUACAGUCAGAAAACAGCGUCAGAGACAUUUUUCAUGUUGCCACCUUGGCAUGUGUAAACAAGACAAAUAAAAACGUUAAGCGGAACAAAUCACAGAGGGCCACAAAGCGGAUUUCACACAUGCCCAGCAGACCAGAACUCUCCGCAGUUGCCACGGACUUACGAAAGGACAAAGCGAAGAGCUGCACUGUGAUGUGAAUUUCCCAUAAUCUUUAACGAGGACAAGGAAAUCUAGUGGACAGAGAGAAAAAAAAAAAGAUGACGUCUAAGUGAAGUACGCAGCCAAAAUAGCGUAUUCUGGAAGCUUCAGAGGUGUCCGAAAGGAUGCUCGUUGUUUUGAAAUCCUGUCCUUAGGUUCGGCACGUAGAACAUGUGGUGAGAAGUGAAUAUAUUGAAGAGUUUUGCAAUGUGACUUGAAAAAUAUGCCAAAAAGAGAGAGAGAGAGAUUCAAAUGGGCUGAAGAGAGAUGAGGAGAAAUGCAAGUACUCCCAGGAAGAACGAUCACGCUCUGAAUGGUGCUUGCGUUUUUGUUUUUGUUCCGAUCUAUCCUGGAUCUCUACUUUGAUUUAAUUUUAAAUGUUUUAAUCUCCUUUAGAAAAAAAGUAUAUAUAAUAUACCGUCCUCAUUGGGGAACUGGCACUGUGACCUUAGCGUUUAGUUUUCUAGAGGAUGUGAUCUAAUUUCUUCCUAGCUCAUCAUUAAAAUGGAAAUUGUAUCAGGACCCAUGGGAUACCCAGAGGAAAAGUUUGUGAGGCUUUGAAUUCUUGCCCUCCUGAAGAUAGCUGAGUGAGAUGGUUUGAAAGAAAGGCUUUCGCAGACUUGUAAGAUAUACAGACCAGCACUACAAACAUUGAAUAGAUCAAAUAGAAGUGUCAAGUUUUAUUCAGUCUGAUGAUUCUGUUCAUCAUUGUGAUUGUCAUUAAGAAGUGGUAAAUUGCUCAAUGUAAUAUUUUUGUGCGCUGUUUAGAAAAGAGGGUGUGUGGUUUUUUGGCCAUCGUUGAUGAAAAUGCAGUCAAAUAAAAGGUGUCUUGGUUUGACGUCAUAGAAUGAUACAAGGGAAAAAAAUAAUGUAGGUACUAUUUUCACCAGAAGAGAUACUGAAUGAAGGAAUAGUAGCAGAAAGCACAGUUUGUGAGUAAAGCUGUCUGGGAUUAAGUUCCCAGAAGUGCAAAGCAAAAGGUUUAUUAUUGGUCUUGAAGCCCUGAAGUUGGCAGCAUCUCAUGAUCUGUUAGUUUAUUUCACUUUCUUUAAAGGAGAAGGACCCUCUUACCCAAACUUUUAGGGAAUCCUUUUAAGGAAAAUUAGGGAAUGUCAGUCCUGACAAUGUACUAGGAUGUUUCUAGAGAAUGGAUGCUGAACCUCACUUAACCAGAUCCAGCCAAGGCCUGUGUUCAAUACUUGAUCACUGUUGAUACAUAAAAUAAUCAGCAUUUAAAAUAGUUUACAGAUAUUUUUUGACCAGUUCAUUAUAGUGCUUCUUUCAGAGGAGAAACCAGAUCCGACCGUUAUUGUUGGCGCUUGUUGAAAACGAGCUUUCUUUCCAAUGAUAAAGCUUCAUUUUUGAAGUGUUGAAGCUGUGCUCCCAUUAAAUUGUGGCAGGAGAGGAGAUUAACAUAAUUAUAACACUCAGUUCUGUGUCUUACAAGCACUUUGUUUUGUCUCUGCAAGAAAAUAUCAUUCCAGUCAUUUCCCACGAAAUACAGAUGUUCUACCAACAUAAUAUGCUUUGAUUGAUGCAGCAUUAUGCUUUGGGCAGUAUUACAAAAUAGCUGGCAAGUGCUUUCUGUAUUUAAAUAUUGUAAAAAGAAAAUAAGUUAUAACUGUUAUAAAGCAGAACUUUUGUUGCAUUUUUUUAAAUGUUGAAGUCACUUUGUAUGUUUGUUUGGUCAAUGUUUCUGCAGUAUUUAUUAAAACAUACUUUUUUUUCCCUUCGAAUAAAAAUGUAACCAUGUCUUUGUUUAAAUGUAAUCUGUCUUUUAUUAUCUGCUUCCUAAUACAGUUUAGUUUUGAUCUUGAAUAGAGAUGAUUACAGAACCUGUCCUAACAUUUCCUGAACUAAUAAUUUAGGGUUCUUUCUGGCAAUAAUAGCAAUAUUUCUUGGCAAUAUUAAUAAGAAAAGUUUUUAAAGAAAUAUAAACUUUUUUGAGAUUUUUAUGAUGAUUUAAAAAUCUCAGGAAUAAAAAUGAGCAUCACUGUCAUCCCAUUGCUCAUCGAUUUGCUUAAGUGGACACUAGUAACGUCUCCAUCUUGAGACUUCUUGUUACUGUUUUUGGCAUAGCAAAUACGCCACAAGUAGCUUGCCAGGCUCUGCGUGUGGGCAAGAUACUCUCGGUAGCUUGCCAGGCUCUCCAAAAGGGGUGGAGGAAUCAAACCCGGGUCUGCUGCAUGCAAGGCAAAUGCCCUACCACAUACAAGGCAAUGCCCUACCGUUGUGCUAUCGCUCCAGCCCAGAAAUGAGCAUACAUAGACUAAAAGAUUAAGCUCUGAACACCUCCAGGUGUGGGACCAAGACCAAAAAUAUACAAAAAAUAAGGCACAUAAUGAAGACAUGGGGAUCUAUGAACUCUUCUUCAUGGUGGUACAGUAUGAUCCUGUCUCUGAACACAGGUUUAAUUCUGAUGUGAACUUAUUUUGCUUGUCAGCCUCUGGGGCUCCAAGUCUCGGUCUCUGGCCGACCAGCCACCCUGUAUUCAUAUUCUUGGUCACAGAAGCCAAUUGGGCAAAUGACCCAGGGCAUAACUGUUGUAAUAAUUAAAGAAAACGGGGGAAGAAGGGAAAAUGAAAAUGUCUUUGUUUAUGGUAGCAGCAUCUCUGAACAAUACAGAACUACACAAGAGAUGCUUCCCAGUGACCUGAGAGAUGCAAGCAAGCAAGUAAUAGAACCAGGAGAUUCCUGGUCCCAAUAAACCCAGUUUUGGUCUCACCCUUUAGCAAAAGAAGUUUCAUAUAAAUAUCCAAAGAUAUCCAUGUAGGAUUUUAAGAUUCAACUAUUCUUUCUAUAUAGUUAAGUCACUUCAUAUAAAAACCAUGAGUGUACGUGUUUGUGUGUGUGUGAGUGUGUAUGUUAAUAACAUUAGAAAUCUCUGAUAUAUAGUUGUUUAACAGUCUUCAGAAAGAAACCAGAGGAUCUAGCAUGAGUGAACAGAGUGCUGACUGUAUGGGAUAGCUUUAUGAAAAACAGUGGACACACAGAGAAUCACCAAAAAUGUGUGUAUCUCAUACCUGUCAGCAAGUAGUGAAAGAAAUAAAAGCACUUUCCUAAU